AUGAGAGAGCGCCACCCCGUUUUUCAACCUGCCGGUCCAGCGGAGUGUACCGUAGAUAGUUCACCGCGCUUUCUACACUUUCCUUCCAGUCCUUGGCUUCAGAAGACGGCCCCAUGUCGUUCCGAGGUCUCCGCACGAGCAAGUUCCGCCAUGUCUUCGGCACGGCGAUGAGGAAAGACUCGCACUACGAGGGGAUUCGUGUCACUCGUAACUCCUGGGACUCCACGUUCUGCGCUGUCAACCCAAAAUUCUUGGCCAUAGUCACCGAGGCCGCGGGCGGCGGCUGCUUCUUAGUCCUGCCGAUCGAAAAGGCAGGCCGUGUGCCGAACAACCCCCCCAUGGUGGCGGGGCACCGCGCCGCAGUGCUGGAUAUCCAGUGGAGCCCCUUUGACGAUACCAUCAUCGCUAGCUGCUCUGAGGACAUGACUAUCAAGGUGUGGGUGAUCCCUGAGAAGGGUCUGGAGGAGAGCAUCACGGAGCCGGAGGCUUCGCUGGAGUCCGUCCACCAGCGCCGCGUCGGCUUCAUCGCCUGGCACCCGUCUGCACACAACAUUCUCAUGAGUGCAGGUUCAGACAACUUUGUGGUUAUCUGGAAUGUUGGUACGGAGGAGCCCCUGUCUCUGAUUGAGUGCCACACAGACAUCCUGUGGUCGUGUGGCUGGAACUUCAACGGCACGCGCAUCGUCACCACCUGCAAGGACAAGACACUACGUGUGAUCGACCCCCGCACUGGGGACGUCAUCUCUGAGAGAAAGAAGGCUCACGAUGGUGCCAAGCCGCAGCGCGCCGUGUACUUGAAAGAUGGUCGCGUCUUCACCACGGGAUUCUCCCGGAUGAGUGAACGUCAGUACGCGCUGUGGGACGAUAACAACCUGAGUGAGCCUAUCACCCUGGAGGAGAUUGACACCAGUAACGGAGUCAUCUUCCCGUUCUACGACCCUGACAACAACAUGGUGUAUCUGGGAGGCAAGGGUGACAGCAACAUUCGUUACUACGAAGUGACGGAGCAGUCCCCCUACGUGCAUUACAUUGAUAGAUUCGACACCUCAGACCCCCAGCGAGGUCUGGGCUUCAUGCCAAAGAGAGGGGUCAACGCCCUCCAGAAUGAGAUAGCCAGGUUCUACAAGCUGCAUCCAAAUAAAUGCGAACCAAUCAGCUUCACUGUUCCAAGAAAGUCCGAGUUGUUCCAGGAGGACCUGUAUCCCGACACCGCCAGUCAGGUCCCCGCGCUGUCGGCAGACGAGUGGAUUGAGGGGAAGAAUGCUGACCCCAACCUGAUGUCCAUCCGAGACGAGUUCGCCAGCGUCCUGCCGGCAAAACCCAAACUGGCCGGGUUGAAGAAGCCCAACGCCCUGAACAGGCCCAAGCUGGCACCAUCCAAGCCGACCUCCACCAACAGUGUGAGAGACUCCGCCCCUCCCAAACCCGCUCCAGAACCGACACCCCCGCCGCCCAAAGUGGAACGGUCCCCUCCAGCGCGGGAGAGGGAGCGGUCGCCGCCGCGUGAGGUGCAUCGUGGGUCGGGAGACCGGACCUCGGUGGCCGCCACGGCGCAGAAGCUCCAGCAGCAGCACAACGCGUACGAACGACAGGAGGUCCAUGCGCGGGAAGAGGAGAAAGUGGAGGAAGGUGCAGGUGCAAAGGACCCACCUCCCGAGCCUCCCAAACCUGAACCUGAACCUGAACCUGAGCCGGCCGCGCACUAUGCCCGCCAACGUUUGUACGAAGACGAACGGGCAAGGCAGCAGCUGUACGAAGAAGAGAGGAUUGCACGGGCGCGGGAAAAUGCACGGGCACAGGAAAAGAGAAGAUCAAGAUACGACAAUCCCGAUUUGUACCAGCCGAGACAACAGCCUGCUGCGCCACAGCCACAAAUUCCGCCAGACUUCGACUUCCAGGAACUUCUGGAGGAGGUCAAAGGUCUCCGCGCCUUGGUACGUCAGCACGAGAGGAGGAUCAUGAACUUGGAGGAUGCCCUUGGAAUAGGAGAUUAACCUCUGAACUUUAACCCUAGUGCAACGACUACCUUAAGUGUAGCUCCCAAAUUUCCUUGUAGUUAAAAACAUUAAACUGUUGUGAUCACAGUUAGACAAGUUGAUCUCGUUUGUAUAGUUCUCUCGUUGAUAGCAGUGAGCCCCAGACAUUUUUCCAUUCUAGAUACCUCGGCCACCCCUGCUGGUAAGUGGUGCUGUCCUAGCUCCUGUCAGUUCUGUGUAAGUUUGGGAUGGUCCAUGUAAGUUGGAGGGGUGAUUUUGGAAUGGUUUUAACCAACAAAACAAAGGUUUAGUUCCAAAUGUUACCGAAAGCAGACAGCAUGUUGACUAGCCUAUGGCUAAACGAAGGUGUAUAUAGUUGAUAAUCACCUAUUACAUUGUUCAGUAAGUUUUUUUGUUGUUCAAAAAUGCUAACUGUACAUAAAUGUACAAGACAUGUCUGGCAUGUUCGUUCAGUUAAGAGGCUCUACAUGUAACAGUAAUUGUUAUUUAGAUAUAUAUAUGUACCAUCUCCUAUGAUGUAACAUUACUGCAGCUAUUUUUCUUAGGCUUCUAGCUUUGCCUUGCAUCAGCUUUUUUAUUGAUGAGAGCCAAAAAGACGGUUGUCAUGCGCAGUGCCAAUUGAAACCCUAUCCUGAGCUUUUGCUAUGGCAAAACUCUCCUUCACAAUCUUGGUCAUCAGUGGGUCUGAAAAGUCUGUUGAGUAUAAAAAAAGUAGGUGUUCUUGUUGGAGUAUGGAUGGAAGGAAGAACUGAGAAGGACCAUAGAGUGUUGUUAUUCCUGUUAUGAUGAGAAUUCGUAUCUGAUUUUGGUAUGAGGAAUGCAUUAAUCUGUAUAAUGCCAUACGGAUUUGAUUCUAUGGAUGAAAUGCGCUAGACAAAACAACACAUUAUACUGUGUGAACAAGAUACUUCUGGACAUCAUGUCUGAACAUGGAUGUUUCCUGACCAUGACAUGCUCUCAUUUUUAAAGUAGUGUUACCAGAAAUGCAUUUUGUUAUCCAUAGAGUCGAGUUCGUCUGGCUGGAUUGGAAGGAAAAAAGGCAGUACUGUAUUUUACAGAAAAAAAAGUAGGAACAGAAUGAAGGUGUUGGGCAUGACUGAAAAAGAACUGAGAUUGUUUAUCAUUUAUCAUCUUAAUUAAACGUGAUGUAACAAAAUUUUUUCAUAAAAUUCCAUUUCCAUCUUGAAUUAUUUCCAAUUGUCCAUAUAUUUGCUUAGCUUGCCUUUGCUAUUUGUCAUGUAUCCAUAAGAUGUAGUAGUCUGAAUGAAGACAUUGCAGUCACUGUUUUUAUAUUAGGCUAUUACUAUCAUUAGUUCUAUUCAUUCUGUUUUUCUACAUAUCAAACUUGCAUUUAUAUUAAUGUUUAUUGGACAGACAUUCAUCGAUUAGAUAAUGUAUUAGAUUGUAAGUCAUGAAAGAUCCUAUAGCGGCAAUAUAGACAUGAUCUAGGGGAACUUAUACUACGUGUACAAGAUUGUAGGCAACUUUCCUGAAAUAUACAUCUAUUGUACUAUCAUCUGUUACUAGCCACAAGCCAUCGCAAGAAAGGAUGACUUACAUUAGUGUAGUAUGUGGAAAUACAUGUACAAAUCCACAAUCUUCAUGUAUCUCAUAGUAAGACUAGACAUUGGGCAAAUUUCACAAGAAAAUGAUUGUAUCAAUCAACAUUCCACCCAGCAUGGAGCAUGUGGUCCUAAAAAUAAAACUUUCUUCAGAUGAAAAAAAAAUCAGUUAGAAAGAAUUGUCAUGAGCCACUAGGUUUUUAAAAACAAAUGUGAAAAAAAAUUGUAUUUCCAUGUCCAUGGAGUUUGACCUUGAGACAUGGUCCAAGAUGGCUGCCAUGCAGACCAAUGCAAGUUUGUUCCACUUGUGCAGAAAACAGUGCAUUAUGGUUUAACCUUCAUGUUCUAAAAACUAGCUUCUUGUGAGCUGUUGGGACAGAAAGUAAGAUCAUAAUGUGAGAACCAUCAUGGUAUAAAACAUUGGUCUUGCCACUAUAAGAAAUAUGUCUUUGGUAAAGGUAAACAUCGUAAAAUGUUGAAACUCCAAAAGCUCUUAACCUUAAAGUGCAGAACUCGGUAAUAUCAUCCAUUUGUAUCUACUACUUCAUCAGCCCAAUAAUCUUCAUCUAUGUGAAUUCUCAUGAAAAUUAUAGUGUAAGCAAAAAAUAAGCACAGAGCAAUGAUUAGUGUAUGUUUGUGAGAGUAAUGUGGUCCAUGUGUGUGUGUCAUAAUAUAGUUAUAUUGGGAAUCUAUGACAGCCAUUCUAGAUAGAAGAAGUGAUUUUCUUCCUUGCUAAGCAAGGUUCUUUUGUACCUGUGUAGAUAAACUGGUUGUAAGGGGUUUGUGAUUUAUAUUUUGGGAACUCUUGUGUGUGUUGAACAGUGAAGUUCUAAAGUCGUGUACAGGAAAAAAUGCCACUGCGAUGUCUCAAAAUAUUGACUAUCCUUUGUGUAGUCCAGUCAAUGUGAAGUAUGAGGAUGGCAACGUUUUGGAAGAACAUAAACUGAAACUGUGCCACAAAGACAGAUGUAAGAGGUCAUCAUUGAAAAGUUGUAAGUACCUGCAAAAUGUGAAAGAAAAGAAGUUGUGAUGCAUGAUUUUACUCUGUCUCGAAAAUGCAGAAAAGGUUAUUCGUUUACCUCCUAAUGUUUAAAUAUUGACUGUUGUCUACCAAAGUAUUGCCAACUAGAGUAUGAAAUUUACAGUCAUUUUAAGAUCUAUACAUACUCCGUACAUGACUUCAGUGUAGCAUUGUUGAAUGUUCUGGAAGAGUUUUUAAGAUAGUCUCUGCAAUAAUCAUAGUCUUAAGGAUAUGUCUAAGAUGCUGGGUGAAGAGGGAGGGGUGCAGUAAGAUGUGUCUAUCACGUUUCUAUCAAUGCUUGCCAAAUAAAGAUAUAGAGGUUUAAUCAAA